CAUACACACGCAGAAACACAUGCUUGCACGGGUGGACAAGUGUACACCUCCCCCAGGGGCUGAGGCCAGGAUGGCCAUCCCGCAUCAGCCGGAUGAAUAGCCAGUCUGUCCUGCCAGCUGUGUACUCUCUCCCACCCAAGAAAAGCAGCAGAGACAGACAGCAGAACCUGGAGGAGCCCACGCAGUCUGUUUCUGGCACCCAGUGUGUGAAGGUUCUGGAGGGCAGCAAGAUGGAAUCAGAAAGAGAAAUCAUCGAUCUUCAACCUGGGAACUCCAACCCCAGGAGGAACCAACCCAUCAACCUGAACCAUUAUGCCACCAAGAAGAGUGUGGCAGAGAGCAUGCUGGAUGUGGCUCUCUUCAUGUCCAAUGCCACACGGCUGAAAGCGGUGCUUGAGCAGGGACCGUCCUCUCAUUACUACACUGCCCUGGUCACGCUCAUCAGCAUCUCUCUGCUCCUGCAGGUGGUCAUCGGAAUCCUCUUGGUUGUCAUUGCACGGCUGAACCUGAACGAGGUGCAGAAGCAAUGGCGACUAAACCAGCUCAACAAUGCGGCCACCACCUUGGUCUUCAUCACUGUUGUCAUCAAUGUCUUCAUUACAGCCUUUGGGGCACAAAAAACAGGCUUCCUGACUGCCAGGGCCUCAAGGAAUCCUCUUUGAGCACAGCCUGGGACCUAGGUACUGGUUCUGGGACUGCUUCUGCCUCCUUCCUCCUUGAUCUGCCAUGCUAAUGGGCACUUUCCACAGCCCCUGGGAGAGCUUCUAAAAGGGCAAUAUAGCUGUGCUGGCUUCUUCCCUAGAGCACCCGAAUAAAGAUGUGAUACUUUACAGGUC